GAACCAACGUCUCUGCGCAUAUAACCUCGCUCCCCACUCCCGAAUGUUGUUACUUUUUUCUUUUCCUUUUUUUUUUCAUUCUUUACACGUUUCGAACGGACUGUAAAACGUUUACGACAGUGGUACCGAAAAAUCGGCCUUUUUUUGCUUUCCUUCGCGAGGAAUAAGCACGUCUAAUAACGCAGUGAAAAUUUUUACAUAUUCAAGGGUUUUCUUCGAGGCUACGCGAGAUGGACGACGAGUGGGGUGCUGACAAUAUUGAGGCGAAAUUCGAACUCGUCAUGAGAGCUAACAAGUGGGAAGGCGAGGACGAAGAAGAGGAAGUCAUGGACAGCUGGGAGGACGUAGGUGAGGAGAAGAAGGAUGUAGAAAAACCCGCUGAAGUGCCCAAGUCCAAACCAAAACCCAAGAAAAGUCUCUCGGAAAAGAUCGAAGAGCGUGAGAGAAAAGCACGCGAAGAGGCUGAGAAGAAAGCGAAGGAAAAGGACGAGGCUUUAACGCCGGAGGAAAGAAGAGCCGAGCUUUUGAGGCGACAGAGGCUUCAGGAGCAGGCGGACCUCAGACUCGCCAUGGAGACUUUCGGCGUUACGGAGUCGACGGGACUCGAUGCAAUGUUGCCCGACACGAAAGAGGAGUUUGACCAGUUUUGCGAAAUCCUCGCUCAAAAGAUCAACAGCUUCAACAAGCACACGGAGUUCCCUGGAUUCGCCGAGGAGCUCGUCAAUCGCAUAGCGGUCAACCUGCCAUCAACGAGUUUGAAGAAGUUGAAAACGACCUUGGAAAAUUUGGCGAUAGAAAAGUCGAAGCUGGAGAAAGGGGACAAGGGAAAGAAGAAGGGCAAGGGAAAGGCGAAAUUGAAGAUCGAGGGAGAGAACACGCACUUGACGGAGUACGACGCGUACACGUACGACAACGAGUACGACGAUUUUAUGUAGCGAGAACGAGAGAGUUGAACAGCCAGCCAAAACCAAGUGGAUAUCACGUUUUUACAUAAGAAACCGUAUGAUAAAUCUAGUCGGUUCGAACACACACACACAGACACACACACACACACACACACACACACACACACACACACACACACACACUGCAAAAACUGCAUAAACUUGAAACAAGCGUAAAUCCCAACAAAACAUACAGUUUAAAGAUGAGAAUAAGAAGCAGAAUUUAUGAAAAUUAGUUAUUCCUCUGUGUUUUUCUUGUGUACGCUUUCGUCUUUGGAGGAAAUCGUGUAAAAAAACUAUGAGAGAAGGCUCGGAGAGCAAAUUAAAUAAUGUCGAAUUAAAAGUUAAUUUUUUUCUCUAUUUUUCAUUGCCUCGUUUUUGUUACGUGUAUAAAUGAUUAUUAAUAUUAAUGAUUAACGAUUAACGAUUAAUAAUAUUAACAAUAAUUCUCAUUCGAGGAAGUAAGAUCCUCAGGCUCGAAAUUCACAACGAUAAACUUUAGCUAUGUUAUUAAUCUCCGAUCACGCUAUUAUUCCCUUGAUUAAAAUGAUUAAACUUGGAGUGAUCGAUAUUUAUAUGUAUUUCAAUAUUCAUAUUCAUCUACAUAUAAAUAUUCGUCAACGUUUAAACAAAUAUAUAUAUAUAUAUAGAGAGAGAGAGAGAGAGAGAAUUGAUUAACUGAAUUCAUUGUUUGAGGAAAGAGGAUUUCUAAAUAAAGUUGACCGACAGCAA